AUGGCACCGCGGCCAAUUGUCCGCCAACCCAAUUUGGUCUUCCUAAGAAGAGUUUGGGACGUAGGCGCUAAAGUGACGUGCGCUGAAUGGGGGGUUGAAUUUGCGGGGUGCGGUGUGUCGGUUGAAUAUUUGAAUUCAAAUGGCAAAAAGUCUUCAGGAGGCGCUUCAGUUUCCAAGAAAGGACUGUUAUCGUACACGACGAUCACUGACUACGUAUUGAUUGUGGUCGGAUUUUUGGCUGCAGUCGGGCAUGGUGCCGGUUUUCCGCUGCUAUCGAUUGUGCUGGGCGGAAUGACUACCGUAUUCCUGAGAGCACAAAACUCAGAAUUCGUCACGGGACACCCGUUCGAAUGGGACAACAGUUCGGGGAUUUGGCCCAUUUCCAAGGAGGAUUUCGAUGCUUCGGUUGGAACGUAUUGCAUGUACUACUUACUGAUUGGCAUUUUUAUGUUCGUGUCGUCGUAUAUUCAGAUCGCCUGUUGGGAGAGUUUCGCCGAGCGAACGACACAACGUAUCCGGAAGAAUUACCUAGAGGCCAUAUUGAGGCAGCAGAUCGGGUGGUUCGACACCCAGCAGACUGGCAAUCUCACUGCCAGACUUACUGAGUGCCUUAUUAUUAUAUAUUGUUGUUGUUUAUACUAUAUACUAUUAAUAAUUAGUAUAAAGUAUCACUACUAUAUAAUUUAUAUACUUAUAUGUGUUUUGUGUGUUAAUUGCAGUGAUUUGGAACGUGUGCGAGAGGGAGUGGGUGAUAAGUUAUCACUGAUGAUACAACUGGUGUGUGCUUUUAUAGCUGGAUUCGUGGUCGGGUUCGUGUACGAGUGGAGGAUGACUCUGGUAAUGACGGCAUUUGCCCCGUUGAGCGCUCUGACGGGUGCGUGGAUGAGUAGAAUGGCAUCGAGUCGAACCAAGGUGGAACAGGAGAAGUAUGCAGUGGCGGGCGCGAUUGCUGAGGAGACUUUCAGCUCGAUACGGACGGUGCAUUCGCUGAAUGGGGCGUCGUUUGAGAUAUACAGAUUUGAAAAAGCAUUGGAAGAUGGUCGUAAAACAGGUCGAUUGAAGUAUUUAUAUAUGGGCAUCGGAAUGGGACUGUCUUAUUUGGUGAUGUACACGUCGUACGCGGUGGCGUUCUGGUACGGUUCAGUGUUGAUUGUUGGUGACCCAACGUUUGAUCGAGGAGCCGUGUUUACGGUGUUUUUCUCAGUGAUGUCAGGAAGCAUGGCGUUGGGUGGUGCUCUGCCUCAUAUGGCCACGUUCGCAAUGGCUCGCGGCGCAUCACACAAAGUUUUAUCGAUAAUUAAUAAUAUUCCUCUAAUAGACCCGUACUCAAACGCAGGUAUAUUCCCGUCGAAGCUUAAAGGGAAUAUCUCAAUACAAAACGUCUCGUUUUCAUAUCCGAUUCGCAAAGAUAUUCAGAUAUUGGACCGAAUCAGCCUGGACGUGCCGUCGGGAAGCCGGAUAGCCCUAGUGGGCGCCAGUGGGUGUGGGAAAUCGACAAUUAUUAAUCUUUUGCUCAGAUUCUACGAUCCUGAUCUGGGAAUGAUAUGCCUGGAUGGAUACGAUCUGCGAUCGUUGAACGUGAGACGUCUGAGGGAUAGCAUUGGAAUAGUGUCGCAAGAGCCAGUGCUGUUCGAUGGUACUUUGGAAAGUAAUAUUCUGUUGGGACGUGACGAGGCCACGAGGGACGAUAUUAUUAAGGCGUGUAAAUUGGCAAAUGCGUGGGAUUUCAUUCAGAUGCUGCCAGACGGGUUGGAUACACGGGUCGGUGAACGGGGCGUGCAGUUGUCUGGUGCAUUUUUCAUUAUUAUAUGUAUACGUAUAUUAUUGUGUACAUUAUUUGCUGGCCAGAACGCGAGCAUUGUGGUUUAUUAUUUAUUGGUAUCAUUAUUAGGAGGUCAAAAGCAACGCAUCGCAAUCGCGAGAGCUUUGAUAAAGAAUCCGAAAAUCUUAUUGCUCGACGAGGCGACGUCGGCGUUGGAUACGGAGAGUGAGGCGUGCGUGCAGAAGGCUUUGGAACAGGCUCAAAAGGGGCGAACCACAAUAACGAUCGCCCAUCGAUUAUCGACAAUACGCGACUCGGACGUCAUUUACGUAUUCAAAAACGGCCGAAUCGUGGAGAAGGGCAAACAUUUGGAACUAUGCCAAAGCGAGGGACUCUAUUACGGUAUGGUGAUGGCACAAUCUAUCAAUCAACACAAAGAUGGACCCAAGGAAGAGGACGGCAAGGAGGAGGCGGAGCCAGCAUCGGACGAGGGGGCGGAGCCAGCAAAGAGCCCGCCCACUUCAUCAGUCUCACGCGAUUCGAAAAUGAUUCGACGCAAGGCGUCAAGUUUUUAUCAGUCAAAGAGUGGGCGAUCGAGUGCGCUGCAGAUUAUGGAGCUGCAACAGGAAGCCGAGGAGUCUGCGUUGGCGCCAACACCGCUGAAGAAGAUUCUGUUGGUAAAUCGCGAAAAUUGGCCGUAUUUAUCGAUUGGACUUUUGGGCUGUUGUAUGAGCGGUCUGGUACCGCCCUUCUUUGCACUGGUCUAUUCGCAGAUAUUUAAUGUAUUCAGUGAGCCACUGGAUCAGCUGGGUCGUGACGCGCGGUUUUGGUCGUUGAUGUUCGUAAUUUGUGGUGUGGUCAACGCUAGUGGAUUCUUCAUUUCGGCCAACAUGUUGGGUCUUUGUGGCGAGGCGCUAACGAAGAAAAUUCGACUGAGGGCGUUCAUCAAUCUACUGCGGCAAGGUAUCGAUUUCUACGAUGACCAGAGACAUUCCACCGGGAAGUUGUGCACGCGGUUUGCAACUGAUGCACCGAAUGUUAGAUAUGUCUUCACCCGUCUUCCGCUGGUGGUCGCCUCAGUGGUGACCCUAUUGGGUGCCAUUGCGAUUGGCUUCGUGUUCGGUUGGCAACUUGCCCUGAUUUUGUUGGCAAUCAUCCCACUGAUACUUGGAAGUGGAUACGUCGAAAUGAAACUCCAGUUCGGAAAACAGCUCAGGGAAACACAGCUGUUGGAGGAGGCUGGCAAAACGGCUACAGAGGCCGUGGAGAACAUCCGAACGGUGCAAGCGCUGAAUAAGCAAUCGACAUUCAUAGCCACCUACUCGGAACAUCUACAAACGCCAUUCAGGGAGAAUAUGCGACGUGCACACAUCUACGGGGCGGUGUUCGCAUUCUCGCAGUCGCUCAUCUUCUUUAUGUAUGCGUUGGCGUUUUGGCUUGGCUCGAUUUUCGUUGAUUCCGGAUAUAUGCAGCCGAUUAAUGUGUACAGGUUGGAUAUUAGUAUUGGUAUUUUAAUGGGUAUUUUUGGUAUUAUAGAUGUAGGUAAUUGGGUAUUUUUUGCGAUCGCGUUCUGCGGGCAGUCGGUGGGACACAUCAGCGCGUUCAUACCGGACGUGGUGAAGGCACGCCUGGCCGCGUCGUUGAUAUUCCACCUGAGCGAAUAUCCGACGAAAAUCGACUCGUUGUCGGAUGAGGGCAUCGAUAAGGCGAGCGCUAAGAUGGUGCCGGCCAGUGCUGUGGUUGUGUCGGCGGCGAGUGGUUGGGGUUUGCGUUGUGGCGUGUUUAUUGAUAUUAUGUUUCGUCGAUACUUUAUCGGUGUAAUGCCUGUUGCUGGGUUUGGGUUAUGCCGUUUGGGUUAUACGUCGGACAUAUUGUUGGUUCAACUGCGACUGGUUCACGAGGUGAUCAAAGGUAAAAUCAGCCUGAAGAACGUCCACUUCUCGUAUCCAACUCGACGACGGCAAAAAAUUCUGAAGGGAAUCUCGCUGAACGUCCGCGACGGCGAGACUUUGGCCCUGGUGGGACAUUCUGGCUGUGGCAAGAGCACAAUUAUGGCGCUGCUCGAGCGUUUCUACGACGUCAACCGGGGAGAUAUUUAUGUCGAUGGUGAGAACAUCCGCGACGUGAACAUAAAGUCGCUAAGGAAUCAGAUCUGCAUCGUCAGCCAGGAGCCAGUUCUCUUCGACUGCACUAUCGAAGAGAAUAUUCUCUACGGGUUAUCCACUCCGGAUAACAAUAUUAUCGACAAUAAUGUAUAUAAAAAUGAUAAUAAUAAUAAAUUGACACACGAAAAUGUGGUGGCGGCCGCGAAAUUGGCCAAUAUACAUCAGUUCAUCUUAUCGCUUCCACUGGGCUAUGAGACGCGUGUGGGCGAGAAGGGCACACAGCUGUCCGGCGGUCAAAAGCAACGCUUGGCGAUCGCACGCGCGCUCAUACGCAACCCGGCGGUGUUGCUGCUCGACGAGGCCACGUCGGCGUUGGACACCGAGAGCGAACAGGUGGUGCAAGAGGCGCUGGAGAACGCGCGCAAAGGGCGCACGUGCCUGGUGAUUGCGCACCGCCUUUCGACGGUGCAAAACGCCGACUCGAUCGCGGUUCUGGACAACGGGCGAAUUGUGGAAAAAGGUGAAUUUUGUUUUCAUUUUACGCAAAAAUAA